GUGCCGUUAGUGAAGGUCUCGCUCAGCCUGCGGGGAGCACAUUUGAGAAGAACGCGAAUAGGAGAAACUCCUUCGGAGGAAAUAAGAGAAAGAAAACAGUUUUCCAGUUAUAUCCAUACAUUGCCUAAUAAUAACUAAAAACAAAAACCAGAUGGUUGAUGACGGUGCAGGAAAACUCCAACUGACACCCAGGAUUGAAGACUCAGUAAUGGACAGUGGAGAGGAAGAAGUAGAGACAGUUUCAGAAGAUAAGGAAACAGAAGAGGAUUCUCAGUUGGAUUCCUGUAAUCAAAAUGAUGCCAAAAAGGUUGUGCCUGGCAUAGUUUAUCUUGGUCAUAUCCCUCCACGCUUCCGGCCUCGGCAUGUCCGAAACCUACUUUGCGUUCAUGGUGAAGUGGGACGCAUUUUCUUGCAGCCUGAAGAACGAUUUAUCCGAAAGAAAAAGAAGGCGGCUGGUAGUAAUGCCAAAAAUUUCACAGAAGGUUGGGUAGAAUUCCGGGAUAAGCGUGUGGCAAAGUUGGUAGCUGCUAGUUUACACAAUACUCCUAUCGGUGUUCGUAAGAAGAGCAAAUUCCAUUAUGACCUAUGGAAUAUAAAGUAUUUGAAUCGCUUCAAAUGGACUCACUUGAGUGAGCAGCUUGCAUAUGAAAGGCAGGUGCGACAGCAGCGUAUGCGUGCUGAAGUUUCUCAGGCCAAACGAGAGACUAAUUUCUACCUGCAGAAUGUAGAGAAGAGCAAGCACUUUUUGAAGAAGGACAAUCAGAAAGUACAUGCUGAGAAGAGCUGGGGCUUCGUUCAGCGCUGUACUGAGGAUGAAAUUCAGACAAGCAAAGGAAAGAAACGGCUCAAGCAACAGCUAGCCCGGUCUGCUGAGAUCCAGCAGAAAUCCCAGUCAAACAAAUCUCUGUUGACCAAAAUCUUCAAUAUCCAGCAAUAAGGACCCACUCAUAUUCCUGAUCUGGCUCUUGGCAGCUAACAUUUAUGAGCAAAGCAAACGAAGCCUGCCAUCAAUCCUACUAGAAGAAAAUGCUCAGGUUGUUUCAAGUAUUUGUUGCUGGGCAAGUACUUGGCCUGCUGAAUUGGUGAUAUAGAAGUUGCAGACUUGCUCCUGAAAAAAACAUUUCUUUAGAAAACCAUGUUUUUCUUCUCACACUGUUAGGUAGAGUAUGGAUCAAGUUUUUCUUGAUCCUUGGGAUUUGGCAGGAGGCAACUUUCUCUUGAUUGUUCCUUUGCUGAUUGAAAAUCCAAGGGAAAAAAAGAAAAGGCUAAACCCUUUUGUGAAGGUUGGUCUAAUCUAGUGAAGACCAAAAUAUUUUAGUCCUGCCUCCACUUGUAGAACUGAUACAAAGCAUUGUUAAAUAAGAAAAUGUCCAGAAUUGACUAUGAUGUUACAAGAUGAUGUGUCAUUGGAUAUGCUUGUCAGUCUGACCAACUACAUUUACAAUUUAAAGGUUAUAAAUUAUUGGAUUCAUCUUUUUGCAAUCACAUCAUAUUACUAGCUCAAUCUCAGUUCUCAAAUCAACUACUAUUCCGAGAUCUAUUACAGAGUGCCAAGGUGGAUUUGAUUUAAAUCGAAUUUAAGUCAUAAUUUAAAUACUGAUUUAAAUUACUAGAAAAAGGCUUGAUUUAAAUCAACUCGAUUUAAAUCGGGGGUAGUCAACCUUUUUAUACCUACCGCCCACUUUUGUA